UGGCCAGAAGGCCGGGAAGGAGAGAGGCGCGCCGGCUGCCUUCGCCCGCCCCAUGCCCGGCUCGCCCGCCGCCCGCUAGCCGCCGCCAUGGCGCGGCCCGUGGCGCUGCUGUGCUGCUGCUGCUGGGCGGCGCUCCUGGCGGCCUGGGGGGGCUCCGCCCGCGCCGAGCCCAGCGCCAGCCCCGCCGCCGGCGCCCCGCUGCAGGACGAGGCGGACAACCAGGAGAACAUCCUCUCCCAGUUGCUAGGUGACUACGACAAGGUGAAGGCCGUGUCGGAAGGCGGUGACUGUCAGUGCAAGUGUCUGGUGAGGCCCCUGGGUCGAGGCGCCUGCCAGAGGAUUAAUGAAGGCGCUUCCAAACCAGAGGAUUUUUACACAGUGGAAACCAUUACUUCAGGACCGGAAUGCAGAUGCUCAUGUGUGGCUCCGCCAUCUGCGCUGAACCCUUGCGAGGGAGACUUCCGGCUGAAGAAGCUGCGAGAAGCGGACAGCAAGGAUUUUAAGUUGGCAGCUGUCAUUGAUAUGCUGGAAGGUGCUUUCUACGGUUUAGACCUGCUAAAGCUGCAUUCCAUCACCACCAAGCUGGUGGGUCGAGUGGAGAAACUGGAAGAGGACAAGAAACACAAGACACAAAAGGCCGAGGAAGCCCUGCAGGAGCGAGAUCAUAAAGCUAAGGAUAAUUCAUCCCUUGGCAUCUCCAAUGACCUUGCUGACAUCCAGAGUUUGUUACAAAGGGAUGCGGCUGCCGCCUACACACUCACUGAGGAAAAAUAUGAAGAAGGUUUCCUGCAUGACGAAGUGGCUUCUCAGCAGAUCAGUUCUGGCGAGUCUUUGCACUAUGCGCCCCAAGCACCGGAGGCGACGAAGCCCAAGUCAACGUCACCCAGAAAACUCCAAGUGAGAAGCAGGGCUCCCUCCCGGCCUACCAUCGUUCGAGGUGUCACUUACUAUAAGGCCAAAGAUGCCGAGCUGGAAAACGACCUCGAUGAACACGACGAACUUUUCAGCGGAGAGAAUGCAAUUGACUUGCUGAUUGAAGACCAGCUGCUGCAACACAACGACCUGCUUAACAUCCCCACGAGGAAGCCGUUCCCUGCUGAAAGGCCGCUGACACUCCAAAGUAUUGAUCUCACAAGGGAACCUGUUACGCAUGCCACAUACACUGGAGGAGGCACUCCGACAGCCACUACCACGGCAAAGAUGCCACCAUUGUCCUCUCCCAUCAUGCUUUCCUCUACUGAACCUACCCCAGUGUCUACCUCAUCAGUUGUCACUCCUGCCAGCCAUCAUCUGACGACUGCCCCAAAGACCACAGCAGCUGCUGAAGUCACUUCAGUAACUGAGUCAGCAACUGAGGGCACCCUGUGGACAACGAAGACAGUGGCUCAGGCAGCCACUCAGGCUCCAGCAGUGAUCCAGAGUGCAACCAGCACAAGGCUGCACGCUGUUAAGAUGGCCGCAGUUAAUUUCCAGGCAGACGCAAUGGCAGAGCCUAGUUCAGCGACCACAACCAAAGCGGCGACUUCUCCAGCCACUGCCAGCACCACACCAAAACAAGUCUUUGAUGAGGAAGAUAUCCGAAACAGUAUAGGCCAGUGCAAGGAUACCCUGUCCACAAUCUCCAGGCCCAUGAUCCGGAACACCUAUGGGCGGAACGAAGGUGCUUGGAUGAAGGACCCGCUUGCCAAGGAUGAGCGUAUCUAUGUCACCAACUAUUACUAUGGGAACACCCUGGUGGAGUUCCGGAACUUGGACAGCUUCAAACAAGGCCGAUGGAGCAACUCUUACAAGCUGCCCUACAGCUGGAUGGGGACGGGUCACGCAGUGUACAAUGGCUCUCUCUAUUACAACCGGGCCUUCACCCGUAACCUCAUCAAAUACGACCUGAAGCAGCGUUAUGUGGCAGCCUGGUCUAUGCUGGAUGAUGUCGCCUAUGAGGAGGAGACGCCGUGGCGGUGGCGGGGGCAUUCCGAUGUGGACUUCGCCGUGGAUGAGAAUGGCCUGUGGAUCAUUUACCCAGCCAUCAAUUAUGAAGGCUUUAGUCAGGAGGUAAUUGUCCUCAGCAAACUCAACGCUGUCGACCUGAGCACUCGGAAAGAGACCACCUGGCGGACAGGCCUGCGCAAGAACUUCUAUGGGAACUCCUUUGUCAUCUGCGGCGUGCUUUAUGCUGUUGAUAGUUACAACAAGAAGAAUGCCAACAUCUCCUACGCGUUUGACACACACACCAACACCCAGAUCAUCCCCCGCCUGCUUUUUGAGAACGAGUACUCCUACACCACUCAGAUAGACUACAACCCCAAAGACCGUCUCCUUUAUGCUUGGGACAAUGGCCACCAGGUGACCUACGACGUCAUCUUUGCUUACUGAGGACACGGCGUGGACCAUUCAAAUGGGCCAAUAGCACCUUUUUUUAAAAAAAAUAUUUUUUUAUUGUACAAAUCAAAGAGUAAAUGAUUUUUGUUUCCUUUCUGAAAGAUAAGUGGAUUGUAGAUCAGUCCACAGGCCAAAGUCAACCCUUUUUAUUGUGGGCAUAACCCUUGCUUCUGUUUUUAUACUGAAUAUGCGGCCUCCCAUGAGACCAUGGAAAAUUAUUUUUUUGCCAAGUGCAGACUCCCGGUGGAAGAUGACUGUUCUGUUGCUUUGUUAUUGUAACACAAGACUUGCCCUUUGGAGGAGAGAUCCUUAUAAAGUUACUGUUUUUAUAAUAAAAUAUCAAUUGUUGAAAUUCA